AGGCUAGCGGUUAGCUUGACUCAACAGGGAUGUCUCAUGGCAGAGUAACAGGCAGUCCCGAAAGUAAAAGCAGUCGCAAAACUCCUCGGAGCUCCGUUGCUACCGUGUGACUACAGUAUUCCCUCGUUACGACGUUAACGUAAGAUAACAGCCAGUUCACAGACAGGGUAGAAAGUGUAUUCUAAGCGAAGGGCUACUUGUGCUGUUGCUACAACUUUGCUCAGUCCAGCCGCUGAGCCUCGACCACACCCUCCCCGCUUCCUCAUAGUACGGCAGCGGGAGCGCGCAGCACGUCUUUGAAUCUCUGGGAAUAACGGCCACUUCUUCCAGCUACGGUUACGCUUUAGUGACUGUGGGACCUCCCAAUACAAGUGAGUUAAAUGUUCAAAUACCACCGACUGGUAUGGAUAUGAGAAGGGAGUUAUGCGGGGCUACACUGUUUCUGGUCCCGAGUUAAGACGCGGAGGUGGAGGGCGGACAGACGGACGAUGCAUAUGGAGUCCAAGCGACCGGAGCUACUGCUAGUGUGUAACCCCGGGCUCUGUCUGAAGAAGAAGAGGUUGAAAGUGGAUUAAAGGGGUCUGUGUUUUGCAAAGUUGCCCUUGGUGGAUUUUACUUGGGAGGACUUAUGAAAUGAUGGUGCUGGAGGGAAACACAAGUCUUCCCGCUGUCCAGAAGAGCUGCCCGGGUGGAGCCCCGUGUGUGUCCAGCAUGAGUACACACUCCUCGGGAACGAGUCGGACAGGAUCUCGGUGCUGUUUCAGGCUACUUGCUCAGAUGCGAAAGGACACAAAAUGAUAUCCUAUUGAUUAUAGUGUGUUUAAAGGCUGCAAAGCCGUCUACUAAAUGUUGAGGUUAUGUUUUAUUGGCUAUAGUCCUAAAAAGAUCCCAAGAAAAGGCAUCUAAAAAAGCUUAGUCAGUUCAACAGAUGUAAUUCCAAUUGGGAAUCUUGUUUCUAACAAUAAGGAGUUUUUGACAUACUUUUAUUUUCUCAAUCUGCACUUUGCCUUUUAACAGGCACAUUGGUGGCACUGCAGUUUGUGUGGUAUUUCUUCUCUUAAUUCUACAUCCUGUGAAUUAUUCUGUUUCAUGAAAACCUGGGACUACGAUGACUUUUGGAUUAUGUUGUUCAGGGCAUUCAAAUGAAUUUGUCAAGAUUAGAGCAUAUAGCUUAUUACACUGAUAACUCUGAAGUGGUGGGGAUUUUGAUUGACUGUGUAACUUUGAAAAAUUACAAAUAACCGAAGCAAAUAACCGGGAAUAUGCUAGAUCAUAGACCUUUGUUGUAGUAUAGUUUAGAGACACGUUUAUAAUAAUGGGGAUCAUAAGUAAAUGCAGUUAUUAGGUUUUGCUCUUUUUACACGUUUACAUUACAUAUAUGUCCUGUUAGUCUGCAUACUCUGAAGGAAUUUAAGGAAGACUGUUUGGCCAGUUGUUAUUUAAAAAGCAGGGAGUUAAGGUUCAUUUAGAAAUGUCUAAUACAGUACAAUGCAGUGUGCAGCAGAGAACUAUAAAUAACUGAACCCCUCCAGAAGAGCAGUUUGACCCCCCCCCAAACCCCCUCCUUCCACUCCCCUGCUUAUUAUGGCUAGUGGUGGAUCCGGCAAAUCGGCUAGCGAGGGAUCAACCAGCACACCCGGUGUCAGCUUGCAGCAGAGGAAGCGUCUCUCUUCCAUCUGUGACACAUGUAAGGGCAAGAUGCAGCUGGUGGCCGACCUGCUGCUGCUGUCCAGCGAGACCCGGCCGGUGAUGACCUCCGAGGGCGUGGCGGUGGCCGACACCUUCGAUCAGUGCCGCGACACGGUCAUCGCCAGGACCAAGGAGCUGUCCAUCCUCACCCACGACAUCCAGAGCCAGCUCAACAUGGGCCGCUUCACCGAGGUGGGGGACCGCCUCCUGGAGAUGGCCAACCUGGUGGUGUCUCUGACGGAGUGCUCGGCCCACGCCGCUUACCUGGCAGCCGUGGAGACCCCCGGCGCUCUACCCUGCCUUCCGGGCCUGGUGGACCGCUACAAGGUGACCCGCUGCCGGCACGAGGUGGAGCAGAGCUGCAGCGUCCUCAGAGUCACGCCCCUGCCUGACCUCACCCCCCAGCUCCUCCUCGAGCUCUCCCAGAACAUCUCCACCAACCUGAAGAAUCUGACAGACAUCUCGUCGCUCGCCAGCGAGAGGUCCAGGGACCGCUUUGCGAAGGAGCAGUUCAAGCUGAGCGUGAAGAGCAUGAGCACGAGCGGCACCGCCUUCCUGGCCUGCGUCAAAGAGGUGAAGAGCCAGCCCAGCGAGCUGACCCGGAGCCGCUGCGUUCUCUUCAGCUCCGCUCUGGUCCAGGCGGUCAGCGCACUUGUGGGCUUCGCCACAGAGCCCCAGUUCCUCGGAAGAGCCGCGAGUAUCUCCACUGAAGGGAAGGGGGUACAGACUGCAGUGUUAGGGGGGGCCAUGAGUGUGGUUUCAGCCUGCGUCCUCCUCACUCAGGGCCUCAGGGACGUCGCACAGCAUCCUGAGAGCAGCUCCAAAAUGGCGGACUACCGCGAGCGCCUGCGUAACUCGGCGUGCGCGGUGUCGGACGGCUGCACGCUGCUCACUCAGGCUCUCAGAGAACGCUCCUCUCCAAGGACUCUGCCGCCAGUAAACUCUCAUUCUGUGAAUUAGUUUAGGCAGAGGCAACGUGAUCUCUGUCCUAUUCUGACGUACCAAAGAGACUCACCUGGGUUAUCCCUGUUCAUCAGGUUUAGAGUGACAUCAGCAGAAGGCUCUCUGUGGGUCUGUCCAUGUGGCUGAAGUGUGUGUUGAGUGCUGAGCAAUGAGGGUUUAGUGUCGCGCUGGAUGUGGCUCUGACCUUGUCCCGCCCGCUCUCACCAACAGACAGCAGCUUCAAACCUGAAAAGUUUACCUCAGUCUCAGCCCAGAAGAUGGAUGUCGCCUGGCUGUGUGAACCUAUGGUCGUGCUUUGUGAGAUUGGAAAAGUGAUCUGAGUGUCUAAACGCUUGUUUUUGUUUUGUUCAACGUGUGAAUUCUUCAUUGGUAAAAAGCUGCUGUGAGUGUGUGCCAUAGGUUUUACACUAUUUACCAGACUUCCCAUAAUAUUUUUAAGUGUUCUGACCAUGCAUGUAAUGGAGUAUUUAUUUCAACUAUUAAAAAUGUUGUUUCUGAUA